CAGACGAGUUCAGUGUUCAGUCAGUCGUAUUUUGGAGGAAAUGAACUACGGAAAGCAACAACCUUCUUAUUGUGUUUUUUCGAUUGCCAUCGAAUGUGCAGAAUUCGGUCGUGGAAAAGCAUCUACCGUCGUCGAGUUCCGCCGUGUUCCGUCGUAACCGUGUCGUGUGGUUGUUCCGUCGCGAGAAGGAAGUGUUUUGAAAGUGAAUAACGCAAUCCCCUAGCAGGAUUGCUAGCUACCCAGAAAGCUGGUGGAAAAUUACCCCCCUUAUUUGAUUUGCUAUACGCAGUGUGUCUGUGGUGCGUUAUUAUUAUUGUUACGAGUGCGUGAAUCUAGCGAGAAGAAUUACAAUAUUGAAGAGGCAAUUAUUAUCUGGAAUAUUGUUGUGUGUGCAUCGUCGAAAAGUGCAGCAGAAGGCUGCGAAGUGCAAGCUUUUGGGAGCUCGACAGUGAUCAAGUGAUGGUGUUUUGAUGCUGACCCAAAGUCGUCAGCAGCCAAGGCAGAGUAGAGUUGUUGGUAGUGUUAUUGCAACAGCAAGCCUCCCCGAAGGUCAUUCAGGAAAGUAUUGCUUCGGCAAAGUGGUCGACAGUGAUUCUCGCCGUUCCACGUAGUUCUGGAAGAUCUGAGUGAAUAGGGCAGUAGCCAGUAAAUACCUUUUGUUCCGGAAGGUGCAUCAGCAAGAAGCUAUCUCCUUCCCAGAGCGCCGAGUGUUGAAAGGAAAUCGCGUUUUGUGAGUAAAUAGUUGUAUGUGUGAAGCAGCACCAAUAUUAUCGAUACAAACGAGUGAGAAGUCAAAUUUCUAAGGAUUUCGUAAUACAAAUAUACAGUGCUAUUCGUGCGAUCUAUUUUCGUAAGCCAUUAUCAGUGCGUUGCUUUUUGUUUUGGAAUCGUGUACCAUCUCCUGGAUUAGCAGCCUACUCUACUACUGAAGCAGGAUCGAAUUUUAGUGAAGAAACCAUUUGCAACUGGAUUAAGCUGAGGAGUAUAACGAAACGAAAAUGACGAGAGCUACGACAGUAAAACCAAAACCAGAAAAAGAGAAACGAAGGAAUAACGAGAAGCGCAAGGAGAAGUCUCGCGAUGCAGCACGCUGCCGCCGCUCCCGGGAGACGGAAAUCUUCCAGGACCUGGCCAGUCUGCUUCCGAUGCGCCAGGAAGAUGUCGACCACCUGGACAAGGCAUCGGUCAUGCGACUAUCCAUCGCGUACCUCAAAGUUCGCGAUAUGCUCGAGCUGUUUCCAACGAUAAACAAACUGAAUAAGCAGCAUGGUAGCGCCGUCGAUGGAGAAGAUGAUGCUAUGCACGCUGACGAGUCCGAUGGGGAGGAAGAUUCCAAAGCAGCCUUGAAUGAAUUGGCUUUGGAAAAGGAGAAACUUGCCCUCCUCUCGUUGGACGGAUUCCUACUGGCCCUCUCCGCUGAUGGCGACAUUACGUUCGUCUCGGAAAAUGUUCUCGAAUAUUUGGGCAUUUCACAGAUCGAUAUGAUGGGUCAACCGAUCUGGGACUACAGCCACCAGUGCGACCACGAAGAGCUACGGGAGGCGCUGAACGGCCGCAAUCACAGUCCCUCGGAGCUGUUGAAGGGAGUGGCCAACAGCGAAUGCAAACCGUUGGAAAACCGGGACUUUUUCCUUCGGCUCAAGUGCACCCUCACGAGCCGUGGCCGAAGCGUUAACAUCAAGAGUGCUUCCUACAAGGUGAUCCAUGUCACCGGCCACAUUGCGUGCAAGGAAAACGGCCAACGGCAGCUGGUGGCUGUGGCUCGCCCGAUGCCGCAUCCUUCCAACAUCGAGGUACCGUUAGACUCGAGCACCUUCCUGAGCAAGCAUUCGUUGGAUAUGAAGUUUAGCUACGUGGAUGAUAAAAUGCACGCUCUGUUGGGUUAUAAUCCUGCUGAUUUGAUGGGCAAACCGUUGUACGAGUGUCAUCACGGAAUCGAUUCGGAUCACCUGAUGGGCACCUUCAAGAAUGUCAUGAGCAAGGGCCAGAGCGAAACGGCCCGGUACCGGUUCCUGGCCCGUACCGGCGGUUACGCCUGGGUAGUGACGCAGGCGACGCUUAUCUACGAUAAACAGAAGCCCCACAGCAUCGUUUGCGUUAACUACGUCAUCAGUGGUGUGGAGAACAAAGAUGAAAUUUAUUCGUGUGCCCAGCUGGAAGCACGUCAACAGAAGCCAACUAUCGCCGAUUCAGUGCCAUCAGUUGCUCCAGAAGAAGCAGUCAAUAAGAGCAGUGCCGCCACAGCAGCAGUAACAGUGAAAACAAGUGAUAGAGUGCUCAAAGAGAAUAUCAAUUACAACAACAACAAUAACGAUCCAAGGCAGAAAUCUGCGGAAGAAGAAGAAGACGGAGAAGAAGCAGCAUCACAAGUGAUUAAGGUGAUUCGUAAAGUACCGGCUCCGAUCAGUGCUAAUUGUGGUAACAGCAGCAGCAUCACUGCCGGCGGUGUCAUACGUCCCGUAUCAGUGACGGCUUCGAUAUUCAGCAGCAGUGUUGCCAAAAAUCCGAUAGUGACUACAGCAGCAACUUCUGCCACUACCAGCACUACUGUCGCCGGUACAUCGGUGGGUAUCGGUGAAGAGAAACCACCCGAACGCAAGGUACCGCAAUCGGUAACGGCGAAACUGUUCAAACCGAAACACGCUACGGAGAAGAUCUUCGCCCCACGUACGGAAGAUAUGAACAAAGGAUUUUUGAUGUUCUCGGACGAGGAGUCAGGAUUAACAAUGCUCAAAGAUGAACCGGACGAUCUAACGCAUCUGGCUCCGACAGCAGGCGACGCGUGUAUUCCGCUGGAGGAAACCGGUCCGUUCUUCAACGAUGUGUUCGACGAUUUCAUGAUCCCCGACAACUACACAUCGUUGCUCCAGGAUGACCUCAGCUCCCUGGACAGUACCGACCACCAGCUUCGUUCCAGCUCCAGCAUAUCGGUUGCAUCCCCGAUCACAAUCAACGAUUCAGUCACAACCGCCAUGUCCCAGCAUCACCAUAGCCCGAACAGUAGUAGCAACUGCAGUAACAAUUCCGCCUCCUCCUCGUCAUCGUCAUCGUCAUCCACCUCUUCGGCGGCGGCAUCAUCGUCGUCGACGACGUCGUCAAGCUCAGCAUCGACCUUGCCUUCCCUGGCAUCGGUAACGUCGGGUAUUGGAUCGGCAAUUUCGUCGAUCGUUUCGCAGAAUGGCUCGGGACAGGGUGGCCAGAACGGGCAGACCGUCGUCGUCGGUUCCGGAGCGAGCAACGAUCCGUUCAUUAACUACCGCGACGAGAUUACCGAAAUCAGCCAUUCACCGCAGCAUUUACUGUCGCCCGCACUGUCGAAGAGCCCCGAAGGAAGCAGUAUACCGUCGCUGUGCAGCCCAAACGGAUCGGGCUGCCCGGAGGAUGAGCUUGCAUUUAUGACCCUCAACAUGGACGAUGACGAUCUGGACCUAUCGAUGCGCGCUCCGUACAUAUCGAUGAGCGAAGUGGACGACCUUCCGCUGCUCACAUCCGAUGACCUAAUGUGGGGUGCUCCGGCUGCGUCCGUCGACAGUGCCACAGCGGCUGCCAUGGCAGCCGCCGCUGGUAAAUAUUUAAUCAAGGAAGAAUACGUACCACCCACCCAACAACAGCUGUCGUCGUCACAAGGUCACUCCGCCACCACCAACACCACCUCAUGCUCCUCCCCAUCGGUUGGCAUGAAAUCGUCACCGGUCACGGUCUCGACCAGGAUCGCCGACUUCAACAGCAAUACUAGCAAUAAUCACAAUAACGAAAACAACUGCAAUAUCGGCAACAAAAUCAUCGAUUCCAGCCUGGCGGCACUGCUCUGCGGCGGCAAUGUCAUCAACAUUCAAACAUCGACAAUCCAACUGCAGCAACACCAACAACAAUCACAAAACGGCAAUAGACACAUUUUGGUACAACAGCAACAACAACAACAACAACAGCAACCGCAGGUGAUAUCGGCGCAGUCGGAAGGCGACAAAAGGUUCAACUUGUUACAUCCGAUGGUUGUGAUUACGCCAAACUAUAAGAACAGUAACUCGAUCGAGGCCUGGACCAUGAACGAUCUGCUGCAGCUGAACGGGGCUAGCACCAGUGGAACUACGACGGCGACAACCGGUGGCAGCAAGCUGAAUGUGAUCGCAUCGAUCGUCUCCAAGAAGAAUUCCACCGCAUCUCCCACCGUCAGCACCAACUCCACCUCCUACAAGCGUCCCCUUGCGGAAAGUGGCGACGGGUGCAGCAAGCGCGUCAAACCGAAUCCCACCCAGAGUAGUCAUCGGCAGCAACAGCAAUCUCCCACGUCCUCGCCGCAGCUGCUACAGCAGCUGAUGGCCCCGUCGCCGGUCCCGGCCAAGGCCAAAGCCAAGUCCAAAUCCAUGCUGGACCAGGCGGACCAACACCGAUGGCCCACCGGAAAGGUCAACGGUCUGCAGGAGCAAGCAUCCAACUCGGUUCUGAUGAACCUGCUCGUCAGUGGAUGCGAUGCCAACAUUCCUGACUUUCCAUCGGAAGGAUUGAUCGCCGAAGACGGCUUGAUGCAUGAUCACAAUGAGUUGACCGACGACGAGGACGAAGACCGUAUCCCGAUCUUGGCCAAUCCCAUGCUGGGAAGCACCACCAGCACUGCACCCACCGGCCAGCUCACCAUCCAAACGGAUGACAUCUGCACGCCAACGCUGCACCGUGGCGGCAACGUCGACGACGACGACUUCAUGAUGACCGUUUCGCCGAGCUUGCUAACUCCUUCGGAUUUGGAAAUCUGGCGUGCCAUCAAGCAGGGCUUGGACCCGAAGAAGAUCCCGCAGAACUACGGUCUCUCGUUGGCCGCCGGUUACGGCGAUCGCAUUCCGAAAUCGUUGGCCACCACGCCGACCGCCCAGCUCGGAAUGAUGCACGACGAUCCGCACGGCGAAACGGGUGUCAAUCUGCUGUCGGUGCUGGAUCCGGCCAUGGCCAUCAGCGGUCUUCGCACCGAUGAGGAUGAUGACGAGUACGAUGGUGCUACGCAGCAUCAGCAACAGCAGGACUACGAAAUGACCAUCCCGGUCAAUGAGAUUUUGCAAAAUAAUCUCAUUUGAUUGUGUGCUAUUCUCUAAGGCUAUUCUUGAAUGAUUUAAAUGAUUCAAUUUGAUUUCUAAGUUGAUAAGUUUAUGCAGUUUUGGACGUAAGUUUAGAUUUCUCGAACAUUUGCAAAUGAGUUUUGGUUCUUGAACUUUUCUCGAUCUUUUUGGAAGCCCUUUCCUAACCUAUAUAUACCGAUUUGUGCAAGUUUUCAACUGGAGAUAUUUCAAGCCGCGAAAAACGAUAAUGCUUAGGUAAUACAAAAAAUAACAGGAUUUUUUUUCACAAAAGUAUACAAAAAAUUAAGCAAACAAAUACAAAUAUAAAGAAGCAUUAGCGUGAUAGUAAUGAUGGAUAUGAAAAGGUCGAGUGGAGUUUUUUAGGGAAAAUAUUUGUUAAUGAUUAUAAUCUUUUUUUUUCAUAAUUAGUCUAAUUUGUGUUGUUGAUGGUACUAUUUACAGAUUUUAGAUUAUUUUGUGUGUUUAAUUUUACAUAUUAAGCUUUUUUUUAAAUUUCUGGGUGACGGUGUAGAGAUUCAACAUAGAUUUUUAGAAAAGUACAAUGACAGUUCGGAAAGACAGUGACAACUUUUAGCGGGAGAAAAAGCUUUGCUAGAGGAGAUUUAUACAAUUAUCAGCUAAUCUCACUUGUACGCGUCGUCGUGUAGAUAAAAAUACAGAUUGUCCAAUAGAUCUUCCUUCUAAAUCAUCAUUUUCAAACAAUAGCACAAACAGAAGUAAUCACGUUGACAUUGAGGGAGUGCAUUUAGUUCCGAAAUGAAUGUCACUGAGUUUUCGUUAAAAUAAAUUAAACACUGGUGAAGCAGAUCAAUAACAGAAUUGUUAGCCAUAAGUACACUAAAGAACAUUUCCACUUUAUUAUUUUAUUUGGGAUUUUGCAUUUCUUUUCAGUUUGCUUGGCAGUUUUCAGAUUUUCCUCCAAUGAUUUUUUUCCAACGUACCAUUGUGUACUGUUUCUUAUUUGCCAUCAGAGAAGCCAAGUGAACUAAAUUCAAAUAUAAUAAUCUGAAGAACAACAACAACAACAACAACAAAUGCAACAUAUGGAUGUUUUACAAUACACAUGAGGAAAUAAUGAUACAAAGCAAACUUUUAUGAAGAUAUAUCUUAUACACAUAUAUGUAACCGUAGUGAUGUAGUGUUUGUUUUACGUAUACACAACAGUUAGAGAUAGAUCAAUAAAGCAGAAUUUAUAAUCAGUAGUUACGUAAUGCAAGCAA